UCCGCCUCUCUCUCUCUCUAAAACCAGUCUCGCUUUCUCUCUCUCUAGAGACCAGAAGAAAGGCGAGGAAGAAGAAGGGGAUAGAGAGAGAGAGACGAGCGAUGUCGUCGGACGAUGAAGGAGGAGAAGAGUACCUCUUCAAGAUAGUGAUCAUCGGCGACUCUGCGGUGGGGAAAUCGAACCUCCUCUCACGGUACGCGCGAAACGAGUUCAAUGCCCACUCGAAGGCGACGAUCGGGGUCGAGUUCCAGACUCAGAGCAUGGAGAUCGAAGGCAAGGAGGUGAAGGCUCAGAUUUGGGACACGGCGGGACAGGAGCGUUUCCGAGCCGUCACCUCCGCCUACUACCGCGGCGCCGUCGGAGCCCUCGUCGUCUACGACAUCGCCCGCCGCACCACCUUCGAGAGCGUCGGUCGCUGGCUCGAUGAGCUCAAGACCCAUUCGGAUACAACGGUGGCGAGGAUGCUGGUGGGAAACAAAUGCGACCUGGAAAACAUAAGAGCGGUGAGUGUGGAGGAAGGCAAAGCAUUAGCAGAGUCGGAAGGACUCUUCUUCAUGGAGACGUCGGCUCUCGAUUCAACGAACGUCAAGACAGCGUUCGAGAUGGUCAUCCGAGAGAUCUACAACAAUGUCAGCCGCAAGCAACUCAACUCAGACACAUACAAAGCCGAACUGACAGUGAACCGUGUAAGUCUCGUUAAGAACGACAACGAAGUCUCCAAACAAGGCUUUGGUUUCUCUUGCUGUUCCCGUUGAUUUCUCUCUUAUUUUUUUGCUGCAUUUGUGAUUUUUUUCCCAUAAGUUUUUGUUCCUUUUUGUUGUUGUUGUACGCUCAUAGAAAAGCCAAGUUCAUAAUUGUAAUUUCGGGUGAAGUCACUUUGUGUUAUGGAAACAGGAAUGAUACAUUCACCAUCUUCUGAAUCUGUAA